AUGACCGGCAGUGGGGGGAAAUGGACAAUGGCAGGAGAGACACAGACGAAGAGUGGCACUUCUAGACUCCUGAACAGACCCUUGUUUGGCAAAAGUCGACCACAAAAGAUUGGGACGGGGUUUUCUGGUGGAGGGGAUUUCGACAUCUUCUCCGACAGCGAUUUCAUGACUGAAAGGGAAGGCGAGGAAUAUGAUUCUUCGAUUGGGCCUUCUCGUGAUGAAAAGACCAAGAAACGAAUUCCAUUGAAGCUGGCACAUGUAAACUCUCUACUGCUUCCAUUGUCGUCACCGCAGACGCAGCAGCGAAACCGACGAAACCGAAAACCGGAGAUAGACGAUUAUGACAAGGAAAAUGACCCCAUUGAAGUGGCGGGUGAUGAUGAAGAUGGCGACCGUGGAUCUGGUCUGUCAAGGAAUUCCUCCAACGCGUCCACACGACAGUCGCCGGCAAGGAGGAAUGUCCAGCAGACACCUGGGAGGAACAUGAAUGGCCGUCAGUUCUUGGGCUAUCGCCAGCCGAAGAGAGAGAAGGAUGACGAAGAUUCUGAAGAUAAUGGCUUUGAUUCACUGGAUGAUUUCAUUGUCAGCGAUAAUGAAGAGCCAAGCUCCUAUGAGACAUCUCAGGAUGAGACAGACGACGAGAAGGUCCAGGAAACACCUCCCCCUCCGCCGCCCAAGACACGGAAGAGGUUGGUGCGAGGAAGACGACCGGAUCCAGAAACAGAAUUGAAGAAGGCAUUGGAGAAUCCUUUGCAAAAGGAAGAAUUGCGUCUGGAACCAUCUCUCCCUGCUGCCAUCACAAUGUCAUCUUCAAAGCCUCAGCCAAAACCCAAACAAAGGUUUCAGAAUGGCCUCAACGUCGCUGAAAAGAUGAAUCAUCUCAAUCUGGAGAACAAUGACGCUUCUUCUCAGAUAGAGAAAGACUUGUAUGAUGUGGUGGCAGAACUUGAUUCUCCAAGCUCAGAAUCUGAAUCUGUACAGAUCCUGGAAACACCACCAACAAGCCCAACCAAGAACCGACUUCAGUCGCCAACCAAACAGAAAGCCCUGAUACCACCAACCCCGUACCGCGAAAGCGUUGACGCCUUUUGGAGCCAGGAAGCUACCAACGACUGGGUUGAUCAACACUCACCACGCAAGAAGUUGGAGGAUCUGCUGCAAGAAUUCGAAGAGUCAGACAACGACGACAGGCAACAGCCUGACAUUAUGCCCAGAGCGCGACCAGUCAAGAAAGAGCCCAAGACUCCCAGCAAGACUGCCCUCAAAAAAGCGGAGAUGGAGCAGAAGAAGGCAGCCCUGGCGCUCAAAAAGUCCUUCGACAGCAGGAAAGCCUCGUUCGCGGAAGACUUCCUCAAGGUCCUAGAUGACGCUGUCUCUGGUGGUCAGGUCCAAAAGCAAGCGAAAGAUACUGGCGGUGUUCGAAUCACUUGGAGCAAGACGCUCCAAACGACUGCCGGAAGGGCAAGCUGGAAGCGCGAGAGAAUAAGGACUUCUGGCAAUGGAUCAGACACCAAAGUGUCCAAGGAGCACGCCAUCAUCGAACUGGCGGAAAGAAUCAUUGACAAUGAAGACCGUCUCAUCAACACCGUUGCACACGAGUACUGUCACCUGGCCAACUACAUGAUCUCCAAUGUCCACAACAACCCCCACGGAGCCAGCUUCAAGCAAUGGGGUCGCAAAUGCAUGGAGGCGAUGAAGGAUCACCCUGUCUACGGCGGACGGAUCGAAGUGACAACCAAACACAACUACCAGAUCGACUACAAAUACCUGUGGUGCUGUGUUGAUUGCGGCCAGAACUACGGACGACACUCGAAGAGCAUCGACCCGAAGACAGCCCGAUGCGGCCGGUGCAAAGGUUCUCUCCAGCAGAUCAAGCCCAAGCCUAGAAAUGUCUCACCCAGGAAGAAUCAGCCAGCCCAGAGUGCAUCGGCUUCCGAGAAACGAUCAAUUGAGGAUGUCGCGAAAGUGUUUGGCGAAGUCAGUUUGAACACUUAA